CUUAUCAUUGUGGGCAAAGCCGUGCACGCGCAUUUCUUUGGCAGGAGCAACAUUCACGCGCACUGUAUGUUCGCCAUAGAAAACAAAGCUAUCUGUGAGCUUCCAAUACUGCUAACAGGGUAAACACAGUACAGCUCUCUCUCUCUAUAUGCAGGUACACCCAAGAUGGGGGUGCAGCUCGUCUGAGGGCCUUUGAUCGCGGGCCUGUUUUGACUGUCAGCUGAAGUCGUAUUUUUCCCGGACCGCUUUUGUUUCUUAGCCACAGCUAGCAGCAAAGCCACAGUCAUUGUCGUUUCUGCUGCGAGCUGCCGAGCGAAAACACAUCGCCAUGUUGUUAUCGGAGUGGGCUCAUUAAAGAAGGCGAAACCGUGUGCGCGUAGAGGAGAUAAUCUCGUCGUUAGAGCCGAACCUGAGUCCUCAACGCCGCCUGCCUGCCUACCUCACUGACUGACUGACUGACAUGGCGGAGCAGAGCUACUCCUGGGCAUACUCCCUGGUGGACUCCAGCCAGGUGUCAACCUUCCUCAUCUCCAUUCUUCUUAUCGUUUAUGGGAGCUUCAGGUCAUUAAACAUGGACUGUGAGAACCAGGAGAAGGACAAGGAUGGAAACCCCACCACCAAUGGCUCAUUUAACAAUGGCAACUCCAACAACAGUAUUCAGACCAUAGACUCAACACAGGCACUGUUCCUGCCCAUCGGGGCCUCUGUGUCUCUGCUCGUCAUGUUUUUCUUCUUCGACUCAGUUCAGGUGGUGUUCACCAUAUGCACUGCAGUUUUAGCGACCAUUGCGUUUGCGUUCCUUCUGCUGCCGAUGUGCCAGUAUCUGACCAGACCCUGCUCUCCACAGAACAAGAUCUCGUUCGGCUGCUGUGGCCGCUUCACAUUGGCGGAGCUGCUCUCCUUCUCUCUCUCUGUCAUGCUGGUUCUCAUCUGGGUGCUGACGGGGCACUGGCUGCUCAUGGACGCUCUUGCCAUGGGUCUCUGUGUGGCCAUGAUUGCCUUUGUGCGACUGCCUAGUCUCAAGGUUUCUUGUCUGCUGCUGUCAGGCCUGCUCAUCUAUGACGUGUUCUGGGUCUUCUUCUCCGCCUACAUCUUUAACAGCAACGUGAUGGUGAAGGUGGCUACGCAGCCUGCUGACAACCCCCUGGACGUUCUCUCACGCAAACUGCAUCUUGGCUCCGGCAUGGGGCGGGACGUCCCACGGCUCUCUCUGCCCGGCAAGCUGGUGUUCCCAAGCUCCACCGGCAGCCACUUCUCCAUGCUGGGCAUCGGCGACAUCGUCAUGCCGGGACUGUUGCUGUGUUUCGUGCUCCGAUAUGACAACUAUAAGAAACAGGCUACAGGAGAGGUGCCCGGCCCUGCCAAUAUGUCGGGUCGCAUGCAGCGGGUUUCCUACUUCCACUGCACCCUCAUUGGUUACUUUGUUGGACUGCUGACUGCGACAGUGGCCUCUCGGAUUCACCGUGCAGCUCAGCCUGCCCUCCUGUACCUGGUGCCCUUCACCCUGUUGCCUCUGCUCACCAUGGCCUACCUGAAGGGCGACCUACGGCGCAUGUGGUCCGAGCCCUUCCAUGCCAAAGCCAGCAGCUCACGUUUCCUGGAGGUAUGAUGCUGCUUUGACCAGCACAGAUUCCCCACCCUACCCACCCACCAGAGAGAGAGAGAGAGAGAGACAGAGUUUGGAAGAGAGGAACUUAAAUCGUCUUCUCAUUGUCCCUCAUUCCUGUUGUCAUCCUCCAGCCAGCAGAUGAACAGGCGUACGCAGACUUCACUGGCAGAUGGAUUCAAGCGUUCCACACGUCUCCAUAUUCCUCAUUCCUUACAUUCUAUCCAUUCUUUGUCCGGAUCCACUACUGUCCAUUCAAAUCCUGUCUUUUUCCUCUACCUUUUUUUCUUUCUCAGCUCCAUUCAAUCUUGAAGCUUGUCACUACAUCUUUCUUAAAAGGAUAGUUCACCCCCCAAAAACAAAUUCUGUCAUCUGUCAACCUGUAUUAGGUUUGAACAACAUGAGGUUGAGGAAAUGAUGGCAGAAUAAAAAAUGUUGGGUGAACUAUACCUUUAAACUCUCUCUCUCUCUCUCUCUCUCUCUCUCUCUCCCUCUUUCCUUCCUUGCCCAUCACUGCUUCUGUUUUCUGAACUGAACCACACUUUAACGGUUUCUGUGUUCUCUGGACGUAACCGGAGCCUCUUUGUGCUCCAAAUGCAUUUCCAUUUUUACCAUUCGGCACCAUUAUGGAUUUACAGACUGGGAUGUUUUUUUAUUUUAUUUACUUCUAUAAACGAACCGUGGACAAGGAACGUCGAUUCCACCACCAUCAUUGGAUGACGAUGACCCUAUAAGGGACCAGCACACAGGACAGCGAUAUAUUUUCCCCUUUACUUCGUUCUCUCUUUCUCUUUCUCCUUCUGAUAAAUCCCCCACCCCACAUCCAUCCCGCCCCCUUUGCAGAUACAUGUAUUUUAUUUAGAAAGAUUUUAUUCUUGACAUAUACAGAAAUGAUGCAUUAUAAAUUGUGGGGGCAUACAGCUCUAUGUAUAUAUGUGUACACAUGUAUUAAGGGUUAUCAUGUUGAGGUGCAAGUGUGUGUGAGUGUGUGUACGUGUGAAUGAGGGCAAAAAUUUGUUUAAAGAGGAACUAUGUCAUUUUUCUGUGCUUUUAGAGCUCGAUGGAGCCAUAGCCAAAUGAAAUGACAAAGGCAAAUGAGGGGAAAUGUUUUUGUUUGGUUCUUUAAAUCCACAUAGGUCACUUUUUUGCCUACACAUCCUUGUCCAUAUGACACAGUGGGAGGGCUGGUUGCAUGGUUCGAACGGGCCAAUCUGAGCACAGCUUGACCAUUUAAGAGCAGUGUAUGUGUGUUUGUUUGAGGUUGUGUAGAUGUAUGAAUGUAUGGCGUUACCUCUAUAGGGGUCUGGGUGGGCUAUUAAUGGAACAGUUGAAAACUCUGUCAACAUUUGUUUAUCAUAUUGUUCCAAACCUAUAUUAUUAUUAUUAUUAUUAUUAUUAUUAUUAUUAUUAUUAUUUUUUUAACUUCUGUGGAACACAAAAGGAGAUGUUUAACUAAAUGUUAGUAUCGGUCACAUUCUCUUAUUUAAUUUUUUUUUUUUCAUACAGUGAAAGUGAAUGAAUAGUGACUGAGACUAACAUUCUCUUGUUUUCCACAGAAGUCAUACAGGUCUGGAACGACAGGAGGGUGAGAAAGAAAAUUCUCACCAAAUCUGUCAAGAAAAUGUCCUGAUUGAAUAUGACCAAGAUUUUUUCUUGAGAAUCAUCCAGUUAAUGAUGACAGAAUUUUUUUGGUGAUCUAUCUCUUUAAAUAGGAGCUCAAUCACCCCCCUUGAGGUAAAUCUUAUAGGACUGUACUAAAAUCAUUGGACCCUAGUUAUUUAAUCAAGCCCAUGGGUUUUUUUUUUUUUUCACUAGUAUUUUGUUAUUUCAAUCAUAUAUAUAUAUAAUUUUUGUUGUUGUUGUUGUCAUUCCUCCCACACAAUUGGAUCCAUAAUAGAAUAAAACUGAAACUGAGGGUGUGUGUUCAGUGGGGUUGAAUGAGUGCGUGUGUGUGCAAUGUUGUAGAAAUAAUGCAUUUUGCUGGCUUCGUCUGUUGAGUUUUGCUUUUUUUUUUUACCUGUUGUUACCUGUUUUUUAAUCUGUUAGUCGUCUGGCCUUGCAUGUCAAUUGUACAGCGUGUCAUUCUUCAAAGCUGCGUUUCCAGGGCAACGGCGGUAGUGCGACACUCUGAAACUCUGAGACGCAGACACAGGGUCGUAAACGAAGAGUCGCACAAGAGAAUUAAUAAAACAGAGAGAGAGGCCGAGGGGCAGCAAGACUGAACCACUUUGCCCCGCUUUUGGACAUAAACAUUGGCAAUGCGUUGCCUAAAUAUUCAGUAUGAACGUUUGCCUGAUGGCAGUGGGACAUGGUUAAACUGAGCAUCAUGGACAUAAAUCCAACACACUGUCCCUCUGCCACCCUUAUAGACAUUACAACAAAAAAAGAGAACAAUAUAAAUGACGAUCAUGAUGAUUGCAUUGAAAUAAACACAAAAGUUAGUUUUUUUAAUGGAAGAUUGCUUUUUCUGUUUUUUGUUUCAAACCAUUAUCUGUCAUUUUCCCCCACUUUUCCCUUAAUGCUGUUGAUUUUCAUUUUGUACUUAUUUUUUUCAUUGUCCUCCCUGCCUGCAGAGGGCGCUAAGCUCUGUUCGGCUCUCAACAUUAACAGCCAAAAGGAUUCUGUAUACAAAUUUGAAUAAAGUGUAGUGAAACGUGGAUCCAAAUGAGUUGUACUGAACACAUUUCAGCUCUCCUAACCUUCCCUUCUCCUUUAGUCAGGAUUCUGCUGUAAAUAAAACAUGACUAACUGUA